AUGGCUUCACACAGCGGUGAUCGUGAUGCUGGGCACGAAACGCCUCGCUCAUCUGCGACAUCUCCUGCGAAAUCUUAUACCCCCGCUGCUCAAAUGGGCGGCGAGGGACAAGGCAGCUCUUCCAGCGACCUAACCCAAGGAGGUUCGCGACCUCGAGGUACCAUCGAUUACACCCCAGCCCUACGCUCAGAAGGUGGCUCCGAGCAGCAAAGCUUUCGCGCAUCUUCCAGUGCCCAUGACGUUCCACGAAGCCCAGUCCUUGGACCGGAAAAUUUUGAAAGGACCCCAAAAAAACCUACCUUGCGGCGUGCUUCAUCCAAGCCCUACAGAGGUCAGGAAUUCUCCGUCGACGAUGAUGCCACCGAAUAUGAAGAGGAUUACGCUUUAAGACAGGCAGCUGUCUCCUCGCGAACCGGGGCCAGGUCACAUGGUACGCUAAGGCGGAGGCUCAAUGUCGCCGGCCCUCCUUUGCAACGGGUUGAAUCAGGAGACGAAGACCAGACGAACGAGCCUGGUGAUAUUGAUGCUACGGAAUCUCCUGACAACGAUGUUGCUGACGACAACGGUGACGAAGACGAUGGAAGUACCAGUGAUGCCGAGAGCUUCACUCUCAAGGAUCGCCAGCAGGCAAUCAACCAAACUCAUCCAUUUGGUAUCAGGAUCUGGAAACCUGCGUUAUAUAAAAAGUUCCGUUCGGUCGAAAAGACCGCAGAAGGGGACAUCCAUUCUGCGCCUGGGGAAGCUGUUAAUAACCUAAUCUUUACAGUCAACCUUUUAUGGAUGAUCUUCUUUGGCUGGUGGCUGGCUUUGGCGACAUUGCUUGGAGCCUGUGCUUGCUUCUUGGUGGGUUUCUCACCCGAUGCCAUUGCUUACGGAAAGAUAUUUUACGGUCUUUCAGGAUACCUGCUGUAUCCUUUUGGAUCUUUCGUCCGUCUUCAGUCUGACGAAAACUAUGCUGAAGAAGAUGAAGGAGAAGGACGAAGCAUCAGCGAGUAUGAGCAAUGGCAGAGUGGGGAUCUAGAGCACGGCAGGCUGUUCUUCGGUCCCGUCGGGCCCAGGUCAUUGGUCGGCCGCCGGAGAAAUAGCCUGGACUCGGCUGGUGAGUACGAAAGUCUCCUGGGGCGACCAGCCAGAGGCCAGCGCUCCGAUAGCCCAAUGCACAAGAACAAACGCCGUUUUUUUGGCCGAGGGGAAUGGACUUUCGGAAGAGCCAUGUUUUAUGGUGUUUUCUAUUUGCUGGUUGCCCCUCUUAUGCUUCUCGUGUCUUUGACCUGCUGGAUGCUGGUCUUCUGGAUACCAAUGGGACGCGUGAUGAUCAUCCUUUUACAUCAUCUACGUCGGCAUCCUCUUGCCCUAUCUUUCCAUUUGGACAACACGUACUCCAGGAACCCAACCCACCCGCAUUCAUCCAUCUUGCUUUGCACUUACCGAGCAGCUGGCAUUAAGUAUUGGAAGUACACGGUUGAUGGAACCAACAUAUUCUUCAUUAACCUCUUGGGAGUCGUCGUGUUUACCAUCCUGGACUAUUGGAUCUUGCAUCGGAGCCUUCAAAUCGAGUCCUGGGUAACUAACACAGGCCUGAUAUUUAUGCUUGCCCUUCUUUCAAUCAUCCCUCUGGCUUACUUUAUCGGACAGGCUGUAGCGUCCAUCUCAGCUCAGUCAUCAAUGGGUCUCGGUGCGGCCAUAAAUGCCUUUUUCUCGACCGUUGUUGAGGUUUAUUUAUACUGCGUUGCCCUCACUGAGGGUAAAGCCAGACUUGUGGAAGGAAGUAUUGUUGGCAGCAUAUUUGCCGGUAUCCUCUUCCUGCCUGGAUUAUCUAUGUGUUUUGGUGCCAUCAAACGAAAAACACAACGAUUCAAUGUCAAGUCCGCUGGUGUUACUUCAACGAUGCUUUUGUUCGCUACGAUUGCCGCGUUUGGCCCAACUUUAUUCUAUCAGAUUUAUGGAAGUCACGAACUCUAUUGCCAUCCAUGUUCAUCCUCGAAUAGUCCCACUAACAGAGACUGCCGUCGAUGCUAUUUCUCUGAGAUUCCUUCGACGAAAAACAAAUUCUUCCUCAAGGCGGUACAGCCAUAUUCCUGGUUUGCUGCUACACUGCUAUUCCUCUGCUAUGUCAUUGGUCUUUGGUUUACCUUGCGCACUCAUGCGGCACUAAUCUGGUCCACUGACUUAGAUGAGAAAAAGCAUCCCCAUCCUCAAGACUUUGGGGGUUCUUUCCUAGGGCCGAAGGCACAAGGUACUGUCAACGGGCGUCAAUUAGCCCAUGGAAAUUACCCCAAAGGGUCAAUUCGAGAGUCCCAACUAUACGCUCGAAUUCUAGGGCAAUCCUUGAAGCAAAUCGGCCUAUCUCGAGGCAAUGAUGAUAUUCCGGGGCAGCCAAAGCAUCAAACAACCGAUGAUGAAGCUUCCAUUCCUCAUGUUGUCCCUCCCAAGAGUAAGGAACCCCGUACACUGAAUCUAAGGCUACCAGGUCUAUCUGAAGAGCAAAACGAACUAUUUGUUCGCCAAGUCACCGAAGUAGCGGCUACAGCUGCUACCGUUGCUGCUCGCGACGCGGUCAAGCAUCCACGGAAACCCUCUGCUACUCCUCAUGCCCUGAAACCUGCGGGUGGGCCACCUGGUAAUGCUCCUGAAGAGGCCAAUGAAGCUGCCGUGUUCACGGAGCCGCAUACCCCUGGCGGACACGAUGCACCCAACUGGAGCAAGGCAAAGAGCUCAGUAAUUCUACUCGGGGCAACCCUACUUUAUGCGGUUAUUGCAGAGAUCCUAGUGAAUACAGUUGAUGUGGUUCUCGAAAGUGUUGAUAUAGAUGAAAAGUUCUUGGGAAUUACAUUGUUUGCGCUGGUUCCCAACACGACAGAGUUUUUGAAUGCCAUCUCCUUUGCGAUGAAUGGCAAUAUCGCUUUAUCUAUGGAAAUCGGUUCCGCAUAUGCUCUUCAAGUUUGCCUUUUGCAGAUUCCUGCUCUCGUGUUAUUCAGCGCUAUUCACACCAACUUCGUGGAACAGGCGGAGAUUCUCAGCCAUAGUUUCAAUCUAAUUUUCCCGCAAUGGGACAUGAUCACCGUGAUUCUCUGCGUCUUCUUACUUUCGUACGUCUACGUUAUGGGGUUCUUCCUGACAAGGUAUAAUACCAUGGAGGCGAACGGUGUUGAUCGAUUUGAUACGCUGGCUUUGGGGAAGGGCAGCGUGCCUUUGACUUCUUCAGGUAGUGGCGAAGCGUGA